CGGGCGCGCAACGUACUGGUUGGCGUAGGGCGCGUAGUCGCCGUCGAGCGGUGGGCCUCCCAGGAGGGAUGUGCGGGCCUCGUGGUGCGUAAUGUUGGCGAAGGGGUCAGCCGCGGAGUGCGGCUGGGACGGGGGGGAUAUAAAGAGCGGCUGCGACGAGGGGAUACAGGGAGCGUGCGGGAGGGUCGUGUUGGUCGCAGGGCUGGAGGGCGCGGCUGGGACGGCGUUGGCGACGGUGCUGCGCGCUGGGCAGCUGAUGCUGAGACGACGGCUGUCAGUCGGAUGGCGGCGUACCAGGCGAAUGACAACGGCGCGGCGCAGCGCUGGUGAAACCGAGCUGGAGCGUGGCUGUGCGGAGAGGCCAAGCCGAACAGGUGAUCAGACGACGGAAUGCCGGGGCUUGGGCGCGACGACGGCGGGAAGCGCAGCGCAGUUUGAAACAACAAAAGAUGCAGAGCGAGGUGUGCAGAGCGAGGUGUGCAGUGAGGUGUGCAGUGAGAGGUGUGCAGUGAGAGAUGUGCAGUGUUCAGUGUCCAAUGCGAGGUGUGCAGUGUCCAAUGCGAGGUGUGCAGUGUUCAGUGUGCAGUGUGCAGUGUGCAGUGUUCAAUGCGAGGCGUUCAGCGCGAGGUGUUCAAUGCGAGGUCCCUGCGAGCCUCGAGGGUCGACUGUGGAGAACAGCGACGGCGACGGCGACGGCGACGGCGAAGGCGACGGCGACGGCGACGGCGACGGCGAGUGGACAGCUGGGGGCGGGCAAACAGUCCGCAGAGGGAUGCGCGCAGGCUGUCCUUUUCACGUCGACGAGGCCAGCAGCGAGCGCCAGCGCCCGACACAGCGACAUCCAGACGGCUGUGCGGCUCAGCCUCUGUUGCCAGGGCCAGGGCCAGGGCUGAUUUUGCGCCGGCUGGACGAACACUGAUACGCCUGUCCCGACCAUCGCCCCGUUCGUGCUGUGGCGCAGCUUCGUCAGUGGAGCUUGCCCGGCGGACUCUCCCAGGCCCACCGUCAUCGCAGCCCACGCACCACCGCGACUGCGACCGCGACCGCGCCGGCAGCAUGACCAGCACGACCAGCACGACCAGCACGACCAACACGACCAGCACGCCCACCGGUACGUGCCUCGCAUAACCCCCCGCCCCGCCUGCACGUCACACGCUGACUGCCCACAGGACAAGCAUCGCUGCUACGCGCCGCCGCCGACGGCUCGCUGGACUCGUGAGUGUCGCCAGCAGUUAUCGCAACCACCCUGGCUAACGUCCGACCGCAGCGCCGAGUGGCCCGCGACGCUGCAGUACAUUCUGGACCGCCUGGACGAGGUGAGGCGCGCGCUCCA